CUCUGUUGUGUUAAGAAACUAAAUUUCUGUUAGCAGUCGUUUCUCUGCAUCUCUCAGCUCUGUUUCAAUCGUUUCUCGCAUCUCUUUCUUUCUAUCCAAAUAAUCUCAUAAUUUUUUCUUCUCGGUUAGAAAUGGAGAUGUCAAUGGAGGAUUCCUGUUCACAUCCUCUAAUGCUUUCCAUGGUUUGCGUCUCCCUCUCUGUGGCUGUACGGAGUCGACCAUCUCUGCCGAAUUCUCCUAGACAGACCACGAUACGAAUAUGUCAAGUUAGAAUUAACUGAACAUUCUGGUUUAGUUUAUUUUCAAGUUGUUUCUUUGGUUGUUUUUCUUAUGCUUUUUCUUGUGGACCUGGAACUCCAAUAAUUGAAGGUACCUUAGGGUUUUGUUUUGAAUUUUGCUCCUUUCGAGUUUGGAUCUCAUUAUUUGUUGGAAUUUGGAGAUAUUUCAUGGUGAUUCGAGCUCUAGAUAUUGAAAUUCAGUGUUUCUACGAUAUUAUGCAUUUUGAGCUCCUUAGGGUUUCAUGUGAUUCCUGAAAACUUUUUUUAUGCUGUCGUCUUCAAGGGAUCGAAUAGACUUCUGGGAGUCUGAAUUUAGAGUUGGGGAAGAUUAUCUUGAAAUGUGAAUUUUCUAUGUGGUAUUUGGUUCUUUAAAAUUCUCUGCUUUCAAAAACUCAAAAAACAAACAUUGAAUUUGCAAAGUUUAGUUUGGGGCUAUUUGCAGGAGUGAACUGUGUAAUUGAAUUAAAAUUUAGAACUUUUAGUGGGAUUUUUUCGGAUGGCUGGAAGGUGGCAGUUAGGGUUUCCAAAGACGGGUGCCAGCAGUUUAAAGGAGCAGUUAGCUAGAACUACUAUUCACAAUGUGAGAUCGCAAGGACAUCCUUAUGUGGAGCUUCGUGAGGAUGGGAAGCGGUUCAUAUUCUUUUGUACUUUGUGUCUUGCACCGUGUUAUAGUGAUUCUGUGUUGUUUGAUCACUUAAAGGGUAAUCUUCACACUGAGAGGUUAUCUGCUGCUAAGCUUACUCUUCUAAAACCAAAUCCAUGGCCUUUUAGUGAUGGUGUUCAUUUCUGUAUGAACUCAAUUGAGAAUGACAGACCUUUGGCCAUCACAAAUGGUAGUCAGAGUAGGUUGUUGGAGUCUAACAGCAACGGUAACAAUCUUGCUAUUGUGAAAUAUGAUGUAAAUUUGACAUCUAGUGGCAAUGGGCAUGUUGGAUGCAAUAAGGAUUUGAAUGGCAAUGAAGGAACUUGUGAUCUAGUGAUUCCAUGUGUACUUGUUAAGGAUGAAAUUUGUAACUUGAAGACCAGGUUUGUGGGUUCUGGACAAAUUGCUGCAAGGUUCUGUGAGAAGGAUGGCAAUGUAGACGAGAUUAUUAGGAUAUGGUGUGAGUGGUUAGGGGAAAAUAGUUCUGGUCAUGAGGACAAGGUCAAGGUUCUGGAUCAUGAGUUUGCUGUUGUGACAUUUUCUUAUAAUUAUGAUUUGGGAAGGAAGGGGUUGCUUGAUGAUGUAAAGUUGUUGCUGUCAUCUAGUCCUACAACAGAGUUGGAGAAUGGGAAGGGGACUAAUAGAAAAAGGAAAUCUUUUUCUGACCCUGAGGAUAUCAGUGAGUCUUUGAGUAAUCACUACUCUUCAUCUGGUGAAGAAUCUUCACCUUCAAAUGGUGGCUCUUCUAGAUUGCUGUUGGAUCAAUAUGAUGACCAGCUUCUUCAUUCAAGGUUUAUAUCAAACAAGACCAUAAGACGAGAGUUGAGACGGCAACAUCGUAUAGCAGCAGAAAGAAUGUGUGACAUCUGUCAGCAAAAGAUGCUUCCGGAGAAAGAUGUAGCAAGCCUUAUAAACAUGAAGACGGGAAAACUUGCCUGCAGUAGCAGAAAUGUGAAUGGGGCAUUUCAUGUUUUUCAUACUUCCUGUCUUAUACACUGGAUACUUCUUUGUGAGUAUGAAAUGGCUAGAAAUCAAUCAGUUGGUCCAAAAGCAAGAAGAGGAUCCAAGAGAAAGAGUGGAGCUAAAUCUAAUAAAGCAGGCAAGGAUGGAAAGGUGAAAGCUUUAAAACACCAAAUUGAUUCUGUGUUCUGUCCAGAGUGCCAGGGCACUGGGGUGAAGAUUGAGGAAGAUGAGCUGGAGAUGCCAACUAUCCCUCUCUCAGAGAUGUUUAAAUACAAGAUUAAAGUGAGUGAUGGACGCAGAGCAUGGAUGAAAAGUCCUGAAGUGUUGCAAAAUUGUUCAACGGGUUUCCAUUUUCCAUCCCAAUGUGAAGAACCUGUUCAGGAAAAGGUGUUACCCCUGAAACGUCUGCUUUUCUACAAAGCUGAUGAGUAGAGUUUGGCAACUUACAGGUGCUGAAUCUUGCAAUUCACUUUAGUUUCGUUGGUAGGAUAUAGGAAAUGUCUAACAUUUUGUGAAGCUGAAAGAUAGAGGUAAUGAUCCUCUGUAGGACUUGUAGUAGAAAUAGGUUUACGAAGUGUAUACCUUUGUGGAUAGCUGUGUUGUAUAGCAGUGAAUAGGGCUGUUGUCUAACCGGGGGUAGGUGAAUACAUGGGUGUACAUUGCUGACAUUUGACUGCUCUGUAAAUGAAUUGUAAUGUUUUAUCAGGUGUGGAUUUGACUCUGAAAUGUUGAAUUUUUCUACUGGAAUAGAACACAUAGCUGGUUGAAAAAUACUUGUUGAAUCAGCCAUUUAUUUAGUAAAUUAUUUGAAUGGGUUAUUCUCUGCCUGCCUGGCCUCAUGCUGGCUUAAGGUUAAUAAUUCCAUUUGCUUAUGCAGUCA